GUUUUCCUUGACCAGAUCAACCGCCAACAUGUCUUAUAACAAGCACUUCAUCCCGCUCGAGUCUAAUCCUGAAGUUUUUAAUCAGUUGAUUCAUCAGUUGGGGGUCUCUGAUGACUUACGCUUUCAUGAUGUUUGGUCUUUGAGUGAACCCGAACUCCUCGCAUUAAUUCCUCGACCAGUCCUAGCACUUGUCAUUGUCUUCCCCACACCCCCUCAGUACGAAGAUCGACUCGCCGAAGAGAACAAGUUGACGCCCGAGUAUACAAAGACGGGUGAGGAUGAGGAUGUUAUGUGGUUCAAGCAAACGAUCAACAACGCGUGUGGACUCUAUGGCAUCCUUCACGCAGUUGCUAACGGAAGUGCAAGAGACUUCAUAAAGCCGAAGUCUCAUCUAUUUAAUUUGCUUGGGAGAUGUACUUCCCUCAGCCCAUCAAGCCGCGCAACUGUGCUCGAGAACAACAAGGAGCUUGAAUCAAAGUACCAUUCGGUAGCAAUCCUUGGAGAUACAGAGGCACCCCAAAACGUUGAGAGCGAGGUGGAUUUCCAUUACGUCUGCUUUGUGAAGUCUCAUCGUAAUGAUAAUCUGUACAUUAUGGAUGGAGAUAAGAAUGGCCCAAUCAACAGGGGUCCGAUGUCCAACGAUGACCUACUUUCAGAACAGGGAAUUGAAGCAGUCAUGGAGUUUAUUCGCCAACAUGAUGACAGCGGACAAUAUAGCUUGCUGGCGUUGGCUCCAAAUCCGCAUAUUUAGACCUUAGUCUAUAGCCUUCAAGGAUGUUAUGCAUGUGCUCGAUUUCUGUCUGCGCGGAUGCG